AAUUGCGCAAUUGUACGUGGCGGAAGUUGAUUAGUAUCUGUCAUCUGCUAAGAAUCCAUGUAAACAAAAGCUAUUGGUUAUUGGAAAGCACAAUUAUGAUAAAUUAUAGCUUAUAAGUUUAUUGUCACUCAAUACAUUACAUUUGCCAGUGUACGGUGGCAACAAUGUGUCCUCUAGGAAAAGUUUAUGUUCUGUUUAUUUUGUUAAUUGAACUUGGGUGUUUUGCAUUUGGUGAAGUUACACAAAAUGAAGAUGGUACAGAAGGUGUCAUCAGCUUCCAGACCCCAACUCUUAAUGACGAGGAGGCUCAUAGCAAGCACAUGCCAAGUCAUCUAAAAUGUGAUGCCUGUACUGCAAUUGCUUUUCAGCUUGCUAAAGCAUUUGAUGACUUCCAUAAGAAAAGACCAUCACUAAAAGUUCUUCCAGAAUCUGAAAUAUACAGACUUGUAGAUGAAGUUUGUGAAGAGGGGAAAGAGCUUGAAAAGUAUGGUGUGAAAGAAGUGAAGAAGGUGAAAAGAUUGUCAGGCCCAGGUUUGGAAGCUGAAGAAUCCCCAGGUAUCAUGCAAGGGGGAGGCAAAUGGCCAGAAAGAAUGAAGGGAAUGUGCAGUUUAUAUGUCGAAGAAUUUGAUGAGAAUAGAAUAUACAAAGAAUACAUGAAGAAGGGAGACAAUUUACAAGGUUUGCUGUGUAGGAGCACAGCUCAUCCAGGGCUCACUGAUGUAUGCACUCAUUUCCACCCAGGUGCUCCAAUUAAGGCAACUAAAACAAAGAAGAAGAAGAAAGAAGAAUUAUGAUUUGUAAACUAUUUAGAUUUUUUAUCAAUAUUGUUUUCUUCCAUAUUAUAUAUAAUUCCCAACUGAGUGCAUUCUUAGUUUUUUAUUACUAUAUUAUUUUUCAUUCGUUUUAUGUGUGAGAUUUCUUAAACAUCAAAUUUUAAAGAAUAUUUGCAUGAUAUUAACAGUUAAUUUUCCAAAUGUUCUUUUAUUUUGUGGAAAUAAAAUAAAAAUAAUUAUGUCUUGUUGAACACUUUAGAAAACUUAAAGAUAGAUUGAUUAUAUACUUUUUUUAAACAUAUUUAUUAAAUUAACAUUCCUCAAUGACAAUCAUUUCCUUAUCAGAUCUUGGAUAAAGCAUUGUUUGGAAAAUUAUAUAUUUUUUUUGUUAGGAUUUUUCCUAUGUAACAGUUUAAAAGACAGAAAGUUUUACAGAACAUGGAUAUCUUUUGCAGUGUCUAUUCUAGAAAGGGGGAUGGGGUGAUUCACCCAUAUUUUUGAGAAUUCCCCCCUAUUUUUUUCAGAAGCAGGGAAAUAAAAUUUUAACAAAUUAACAAAUGUAAUAAAUUCUCACUUUUCGAUAAAAAUCCCCUGUUUUUUGACACUGCCUUUUGUCAAGAAAAUAUGAAUUCAAGGCUGCUUAAUCAAAAUUACAAUGUUAUUGGAUUUUUUUUUCAAUUUUUAUAUUAUUUAAGACCUAGAAUUUAUGAUAAUCUAAUUGUUGUGUUUCAUAUUUCAAUAUUUUGUGAUACAAGUACUUUCAAUUAAUGAUUAUAAGUUACCUUCUAAUUUUAAGAUUGUAUAGGAUUUGCUCAAACUUAGAAAAAUAUCAGGAAACCCUCACCUAGCUACAGCAACCUUGUCAAAACUUACCUCCAGACAAUAUUAUUUUGAUAUACAAUAUUCAUGCCAACACUAAACAUUUAUGUUAGUUCAAUAUUAUGAAGAAAAAAGAUACCAGACCAUUUUUCCUGAAAAAUAUGUAUUUUGUUGAAAUGUUAUCUUGCCACAGGUAUUUGAUGAUUGUCAUUCAUGUGUUCAAAUUUAAUUCUGUGAUCUCUUUUUAGCCUCAUUACAUUCAACCUAAAAUGCCGGUUUAUAUGAUCUUUGCCACAUAGAAAUUUGACAGGACUUGUAUCUACAAAAAGUCAUGAAUAAAUACUAUGCACUUUUGCUGUGCUUUUGUAUUCAGUGGUAAUCAUUUUGGGAUAUUGAUAAAAUGGUUGAAGAUAUCUAUUAGAGGGUUAAUUUAACAAAUAACUUAUUGUUUUGUUAGUACAUUUUGUUUUAUUAUAUAAAGCUUUGGUGUUCAUACAGAUUAUGUCAUAACAGAGAAAUAUACGGUAAUGUAAUUUAAUGUCUCUGGUCAUAAUAACUGUUCCAUUUCAGUGAUGCAGCAUAUGUUUUCAAAUUUUAGCUGUUUUUAAGUAGAACAAAGUUAAUGAACAAAGUCAUACAAAUAUUUUAACCCAUAAGUGCCUUCAUCGUUAUUAGUUAUGAGAUUUUUUGACCAGUUAUAUUGUGCAUCAUGAAUGGUUGUGCAAGGGAUGUAAUUAUAGCAACAAGCCAUGCCAUUGACUUCAAGCCACCUGUCCCUCAGACUUAGUCUGCUGUGGGUCGAAUUUUCAUUCUUUCAUGUUAGGAAGCUUUCCAGCUAGCUAAGGUCUUCCUCUAACAGUAUAGUUGGAAAGUUACCAUAUGACCUCUUCUGUGUUGGUGUGAAGAAAAAAAACAAAAACAAAAAACAUAGUCUUAUACAAAUUUAUAAUACUGGACAACUGUUUUCUUUGGUUUAACUAAAAUUUCUUAAAUUUGCAGCAGUUGUGUAUGUGAAUUAUUUGAACAAAGGGUAUACUUCAAGCAGCAGAUUUCUAGCUUUAUACAUUUUAAACGUCACAGUUGACCAAAGAAAAUUGACAUUUCAAACAUGCAGUUUAUUAAUUUUUUUUUUUACAACUGUAUAGCAUUAUUCAUUAUACAUGUAUGCUCGUGUUUGUAUGUAAGAUUGAUGUAUCAGGGUCAAGGCUGGCAGGUUAGUUGCAAUGAUUUCAAGUUCCAGUAUUUUACAUUUUUGUAGAAAUGCUUUUUUUAGCCAUUUUACAUUUUAACAAAUACAAUGUGAGCAAAACAUAAUGAAACCUAUAGCUUUAAAUACCUUCAUUUACCAUGGAGUUUAUUGUUCCCAUUAACACCAUGUGAAUGUCUGCAAAUAGUGGUAGUUAUUAAAUUAAACAUAGGUAUUUUGAUCUCAAACUCUAACUUUGAUAAUCUUUAUGAUUGCUUUAGACUAUUAUUUAUUUUAAAGUUAAAUCAGUUUUACUGAGAAUUCCUACCUGUUCAAUAUCAAGUUAGUUAUAAUUCUUUAAUUAAAAACACGUUUUGUUCUUUAUUUUCUCCUUGAAGUGUUCAUAUGGAAGAAAUUGAGUUUUUUAUUACCCAAAUGUGUUUUGUAGACAUCAUGUCUAAUAAAUAGUCAGAAUAUAGAUUUGUUUUUCAAAAUUAGAUAUUUGUAAUCUCAACUGGGAUUAUUUACAUGUUUAAUGGGUUAAUAUUAAUUGAUUGAAUAAUUAAUAUAUGUGAAUAUUAAAAUUAUGUAUAUGUACUUAAUGAUGGGAAAUAAUAGGAUUUAUCUUAAACGUAAAAGAAAAGAAUAAUAUGCCCAUUCUAUGCACCUGUAAGUGCCAUUUUAUAUAUUAAUGCUUCUUGUUUUGUCUGUAUAUGUUAAAGUAAAUACUAAAGACUUUAAAUCAUAUAAAAAAUAAUCAAAAUUAAUCACAAGCAGUGCAGUUUGCUUUAUUAAAAACCAAAUGUUUACUAAUUUUCAUUACCUAUUCCAAGACAUGUUUUGAUAUUUUUUAAAUUGAAGCAGCAUGUCCUUUAGAAUUUGUGAGUACAUGUAAUUGUUUUCUAAAUUAUCUUUUUCUUAUUGUAUGUUGUAUUAUGUGAGAAGAAGAGCUCAAAACUGUUGGUUUAACCAAACGGUAUCUGUUCUUAAUGUUGUGCAAGUGUUACCUGUUAUUUCAUAUUACAUUUUCUACUGUCUUAGAUUAUGCAUUAAUGUUGAGAUGUGAAAAUAAAACUGAAACUCUU